CGCGAAAGUUCAUUCGAAAAUAAAUGCGAAAUAUUGUGAACCGAAUCGGAAAUUGAUUACUAGAUACACAAUACACAUUACACAUCUUUUCAUAAUGUAGUGAGUUUAUUCUUGAGUUUUUCAUUCAGGAGGUAGGUGAAAGCUAAAAUGUGAUUGAACGGAAAGUUUUCCGUGACUGGAAAAUUAUGCCAAUAGAGAGAAGGAAAACGACAGAUCGACAUUGAUUUUUACAUUAUUCAAAAAUGUAUACCACAGCAGCUACAUUUGCUGCAAAAAUAAAAACUCUUCAAGAGUACCAUUCUCGUUUACUAAAUGGGACUGUCCCAUUACCGACUGGCUAUGACAUUGUGAAUACUCUGUCUUCUUUGAAACAAUCUCUCCAAGUUGUUCUCAAGGAUAUGCCUACCGACGUAUUAGAGAUGACAAAGCACCUAGAAAAAGAUACUUCAAGACUUUCCCUCUUCCCGGCUAUGGAUUAUAAAGGUUUAUACAACGCUCUUGUUCUACUGAUCGAUGACGGUGCUAUAAUUCACACUGGAUUACAAGAAUUCGCUCAGUCGGUGUUUUGUACAUUAAUAUUCCUGAUACCAUUCUUGGAACGAGACCUUUUGAGUUUACUGCCCUAUUUAGCUGCGUCUUCGCUCACGGCAUUCCCUGUCGAAAUGCAUAAGGAUAUUAUGAACUACUUAAUUUAUCAUAUUCUUCCAUUUACAGUCCCGUCCAAAAGUAGUGAAGAUAGCUGUAUCGCGUUGUCAGUUCCUUCGAUUUUAAUGGCAGUUUUACAAUAUUCAGAAGAACUUUGUCAAAGUUCCAACGUCAAUGCUCAUCAUUGUCAUUUAUUGGAAUCCCUGAUGGCUUUAAAAUCAAAUGUUGCGAAAGAUAUUUUGAAUAUAAUCGCUUAUGGACCCUCCUAUACGAAAGUUUCUGCCAGCAAACUUCUAUUUUAUUAUUGGCCCUCUUUUAAUACAGCUUUAUUCGAAAGAAGAGCCGCUCCAGCAGAAAUAACUGAAAUGAUCACAUACGCAUGCCAGUGUAAGAAUUGCCCCAGCGGUGGAACUAAUAAUGUAUCAAAAAUUUGCAACAAUAUCUUACUCACCAUUAAAUAUUCGAAUGGUACCCCUCCUCCACUUUAUCUAUGCGUUGAAUGCGCAAAUGAAAUUCAUCGGGAGCACCCGAAUCAAGAUUUUCACGAUGUGCUACUACCUGUUCACCAAGCUUCCAAUUCUUGCGAUUAUAAAAAUUGCAGAGGGGUCGAAAAGAGCGUCGUCUCUAUUUGUUUCUCAAUGGAAUGCGCAAGUUAUAAUCAAAAUCGUCCGAUUAGAUAUUGCCAAUCGUGUCAUAAUUCACGACAUAAUAAUCUUCGGGGUUACGACCAUAUUUUUCAUACAAAGCUGUGCCAGGCUUGGGAUAUGGAUCCAGUCAUGCGAACAUAUUUGAUAGAUGCGGCUGUGAGUCUUUUAAAAGAAGCUCGUCCAGUUACUCCAGAAAUUCCCCGAGAUAUGACGGAUAUUCAGGCGAAAGCUGCUGCGUUCAAUGUCAUCAGUGAAUCAAGUUCUAUACUUCCAGAAGAAAGACAAUUAAUGGGCAGAUUCGGUGCUUUACUUUUGGUAGGAUUGUGUAUGCCUACUCAAGAGUCCCCUCCAGAAGUUGUUGGUCGAAUACUAUCCAUUUUGUUCAAUUGGUUUCGAAUUACGGCGUAUACAUUUGACAAUCAAGAAGAAUAUUCGUUGGAAAAUUUGAAAAAAUUUACGAUUAGUAAAAAAUUGUUGGAAAUUCAUAAUAUGCAUUUCUCCACCUACGUUUCGUGUCUCUUACCGCAUCCUCCGAAUUAUGCGAGAGUUGGGGGACAUUGGGAAAUGAUGGUACCACGAACGGCUCAUUUGAAAAAUGGACUCAAUAAAAUAUAUUGUUUGACGCAAUAUAAUUUAAUCACUCAAGAAGUUUGGGAUUUAAUAAUGCCUCAUUGGCUGGAAGCAAUUGUUCACGAUGUUUCUGAAAAAGAAUUGAGCGAAUUGAAAAUGGCCAUUAGUAAAAUGUUGGAUAUUAACCAAUGCACAAUCACAAAUCUUGAUGCAAAAAAAAUGUACCAUUUUAUAUCAGUGAGAUUCAAAAAGACAUCUGAUAAAGUUCAAGCUCAAGCGUUGUCUUGGUUACAAAUUCUAACUCUGCUCGACAUAACAUUACCGAUACACAUGUUAUUUUCUUUUUUUGAAGAAGGUAUCAAUAGUCUAACGGAAGCAGACGCUCAUGAAUAUAAUGAAUUUUUGGCCCCUGUGAAUUUUCAACCAAGAAAUAGCAUAUCACCUGUUGUCGAUUUUUACGAAGAAAUAGCAGUGGGUCUUUCUGAUGAUGAAGGAAAAAAACCCAGGAGAAACGUUUGUAGCGAUUUUUACAACGAGAACGAAUUAAAAUUACAAUGCUGCGUGCUAAUGUUGGAUGUUGUAUUAAAACAAAUGGAGUUGCAUAAUAUUGAACGUUUCAUCGGAGUACACUCUGUGAUGGCUCAAGAUAUUGCGAGAUUGUUGCUUAAAACGUCUUCAGCGUCGUGGUUCAUGAAUCAUGAAUGUACACCGCAACAAGAUUGCAUAUUGUGCGAAUGUUGCAUCGUUUGGCACCAGCUGGCUUUAUGUCUAGUAGAGUACGUUUGUCCGGAGACUCUGGCGCAUCCUCCUGAUCCUCCUUUAGAAGAAUCAUCAGAUGAAUCGAAAAAUAGUCCACCAGAUAGCGAUAAAAAAGAACAAAAAGGAGAUUCGCUCAAUUCACCAUUUAUGGAAAUAAAUACUUUGCAAAUAAUGACGGCGACAGUUGAAACGGUUGUAGAACAGCUUGACUUAGCUCCUAUCAUGCUAACUGAAAAAGUUCCCAAUAUGGCUCGAGCUGUUACAUUACCAGAUUCGGAAAUAGGCGGUUCUUCGAGAGUUUCACGUCCGAGUAUCUACCAUGAAAUUGAUUCUGUAGAAAAAUUUCGUUUUUCUCUGGAAGAUUUACCCCCUCAACUGCAAUAUCUACAUUUUUUGCUGAAGGAAUCUGCCAGGGUUGAAAAUCCCAAUAUAUUGUACUUCGUUUUACGAUCUCUUUACUUAUUCAUUUUACACGGCGAUAUUUUAACAAAAUCUGUGAAAGAUAAUGAGCGUUUUAUUAUAUGGUGCCAGGAAAAUUUAAUCAUUAAAAAUAUGUGGGAAUUAUGCAAUGCCGAAAAUUCACAUAUUUGCGAAGUAUGCGUGCCGAUUUUGCUGCAUUGUGUCACAUUGCCCUCAGGAUCAGAUGUGUUUUGGAAAAUUUUACAAGAAGAAUUUCACAGCUCAGAUUGGCGAGUUCGUUUUGUUGCGGUGGAAAGAGUAACAGUCAUGGCAAGAUUUAUGGAGACUACUCCGUUGAGGAAUAAUUAUCAUCUUCAAGCAGUGCUGACGAAUGCAUUUUGUUAUUUAAUAUCGAGCAUGGAUGAUUAUAAUGAAUUAGUCGCCCAACGCGCCACUAUUUAUUUGGGCACUAUACACGAUUACGCUAUGAAGUCAUUGUGUCUGUGCCUAGAAACACAAUUUGAUUGUGUCAUAGUUGAUAGACCUAUGGUUCUACAGUCGCUUUAUCAAUUACAUAAUUCCUUAAGUGAUCGAAAAAUUCUUAGUUGGGAAUUUUUCUUGAAUCGUUUCGAUACCUUAUUCAUAGAAGCUCAGCUGCAUUUGGAAAAAACUGGAGAUAUUCCGCAUUUUAAAGAUUUAAAAGACUGCGAUCAAACAAAUGAAUCAUUUGUGAAAAAAUUACAAAGAGCUCAAGAGGCACUGUCUCAAACGUCGGAUUCAAGCUUGGUCAAAACGCUUAGUGCAAGUUUUGGCACAAAAUGGCCGUAUAAAAGAACGAUGUCAGCACCAGCAUCCAUGCUAUCCAGACAGGAUAGCAAGUUAGAAAAAGAUAAAGUUUAUAAUCGUCAGUUUUCUGCUCCAGUUUUAAAAAGAAAAAGUUCCCGAUUCGGGUUAGGUGGGUAUUUUUAAAAAAUAUCAGCGGAGUUUGGAUAUAAAUGUGAUUUUAUCGCUGUAUUUGAUUUUGCAGAGGCAUAUAAUCAGCAAUAUGCGAAUAAUGAAGAAAGCAACGUCUACGCAACUUUGCAUAGAAUUAUUGCUUUAGAAGAAAGUGACCGUGAAACGACCCACCUACUGGUUUUCUUAUUUAUGCAGUUUCUUUCGAGAUCGGAUCAGGUUGCACCUAGUGACGAAAAAUACCUCUCUCGAAUUCAAAAUAUUGUAUUAAGACAUUUAUAUCUACUGUUAGGAUAUAACUCCAGCGAAAGAAGUUUUCAUGUCGCACCUCAAGUUUUGAGGAGCUCCGCCGUAUUCAACGCAUUUCUAUCAAAUCUUCCUCAGUUGUUGGAUCAAAAUUUCAAAAUAGGAGAAAUGAUAGUUCCAACGACUCUAUUACUCCUUCAAUACUGUCCUAGUUCACCUCACAGUGCAAUGUUGGAUUUGCAAAGUCAGCCGACGUAUUCGUUAUGGAAUUUAGAACCUCAUAUUAGGCGGUGCUGGAUCAUGGCUGUUUUUGUCUUCUUGUAUAAAUAUAAUUACAAAAAAGCGCCGCUGAGUAAUCAAGUAAUGAAUCUCAUUAAAAUUGUCUUAAAUACUCUGAACGCCCAGUACCAUGUAUGUCACAGGAUUCCUCCAACGGUAAUCAUGUCGGCGCCCUCACAACCUUCUCAUUCCAGAGAUCUAAGUCAGCGCUCAAUUGGCGGAGAAACUCCUCCACAGUCUCCUGGAAAUUUAACGCAUACUUUUCGAGGCAAAAAAUCUGCAACCAGCAUGGAAACGCAUUGGGAAGAAGAGACGCCAGUAUGCGGGAAAAAUGGACUUACAGGUUCAUUGGAAGUCGAAGAUACAGGAAUUAAUUAUCCACACGUAACUGAGCGUUAUAAGUCCGAUAGUACGGCUCCUGAUAGUACGCAGGGUUCCUUUGAAGAAGCUGGUGCUACCACGUCGGAUAAUAUCUUCAGAAAUAGUCAUUUCAAGAAGCCAAUUUGGUAUCUUGGCAGCGAAGAUAAUCAAGAUGUGAAGCCAACAACGUCUCAGUCUAUUUCAAUGACAGUUCUAAAAUCUUUGCAAAAAUCUGAUUCAGAAGAAGGAGCAGUUACCUAUAAUGCGCAUUGCGAAUACAACGUUGAAAAAUCUAGAAAGGAAGUAAUCUCACCUCCUAGUUGUACAUCGCCGAAAACUUCUGACAGCGAUAGGCAAAGCAAUGGCGAUCCGAGGGACACAAAAAGUAUAUACGGUUCUCCCGAAUCUCCCCUCUCUAAAAUGGACAUCCAUUCCGAAGAAAAGGAAUACAGCGGUUACAGAAGAUGGACAGCUAGUACUCUUGAACUAAUGAACUCCAAAGAAUUGUCACUACCAGUACCGGAAAGAUUACUACCUGUUGGAAAAUCCUCUCCAAGAGUUUGCGAUGAAUUAAAUUUAGUCAAUAUGCCUAUUUUAUCAUUGCAAGUCAAGGAUAAAAAAGGUGAAGAUAAACGUGCAAAAUCCGAUUCCGAUGUUGAUCCGACUUCUACUUCUAGAUUUCCAACCUUAGACAAACUGGAGGGAACUGGGAGAAGUCGAAGUAUAAGCCCGAGGCAUUUAAUCAAACAAGUGGCUCUUGAAUCUCCCUCGGAUGACGUGUUUACGAAAAUAAUGCUCAAAGUCGAAGAUAUUCCCCCUAAGAAAAAAUUCGCCAACAUUCCAACCACUCCUCACGCAUUAUUGGAAUACAUGCAGCAUCAUGGAUUUUGGAGUGGAUCUUUACAAAGAGGAAGUGUAAUCGAACCAGGAUUGGAGCAAGCUUGUCACGCCUCAGCUAGUUUAAAGCAGAGUUUGUAUAGAGUUGGGGAAGAUUGUACAUCUGAAAGAUGUAGCGAAUGCGGUAUGAUAAAAGAAGAGUACAAUGACGACGAAAUCGGCUUAUGUAUAAUAGUAAUUGGGACAUUUGUGCAUCGAGAACCUGCCUUAGCUGCGCCUAUAUUAGACCAAAUACUCUCAAUCAUUGCAAAAUUGAGCGCGAUUCCUAUGUAUUCGUGGCAGGUUGAAAGCAGUAUUAAUCUUCCCGGGAGUUCUGGUCGAGUUGCCAGACAAUUUCUUAAAGUUAUUUUCCAACAGUUGAUCCCUAAUGGAGUUUUUAUUCAGAUGUUUCGUACUCCUGUUCGAGAGUGUUCUGGAGUAAACUUUUUCAAAAACGUGGUCCAAGCUUUAAUUGAUUUUAAAGAAUUGUGCCCAAUUACACCACUUAUGAUGUUAUUUGAAGUCAUGAACAAUAAGAAAACUCUUCCUCUAGACAGACUUCCGAUUAUUUUAAAUAACGUCGCGAGUUACAUCGAAUGCAUAAUCAUGGAAAAUAUAUCAGUUGCCUGGGGACCAUUCAUCACUCAAGCGGAAAUAUUUUUCCGGCGGGUGUCACUAAUAAUGAGCAAUUUCGAAGGAUUUUCAUUCUUUUUCAAAAAUAUUUUGUGUGUUUUGAGAAUACCUGGAAUUGUGCUGUUCAAGAGUAUACUCGAUCCAUUUUCGAAAAUAUUGAGCUACGGAAUAGAAAAUUUCAAACUGAAUUAUCGUAUGUUAUUGGAAGUAUGUUUUCAUUGUAAUCGAGCGUUCACUAGAGAACGCGAUAAGCUAAUGUUGACUCGAGUUGUCGUAUUUGAGCUUAUGCAGGCUUUAAAGGCAAAAACAGUUUUAUUGGAGUCGAAUAUUUUAACAUUGAUUAGUUUCGUACUUCAAGAUAUUGGAGGAAUGCUUCCAGCGCCGACCUCGGCAGAAGGGAUUUUAAUGGGCGAAACGAUCGACUUAUGUGGUCCGGUCCUAAAUACAGGAGCAGCAGAAGUGAUGCGACAAAAUUUCACCGAUGCGUUGGAUUUUGUCUUUGAUUUCCAUUCUUUGACGAAAAUAAAAACAAAUUACAAGUGCAAUUUGGUCAGUUUGAAUGAAGAUACUCUAGGAGGUACUUUGAAAGCUGGUAUUUCGCAGUAUAUAGCCUUAGAACUGACCCGUGGAACCAGUAGAGAUAACAGGGUUUUGGCUAGAUAUUUCCCUUGGCUGUGUAAUACACCAGCUUCCCAACAAACAAUUAGAGAAUUUGCCGAAUGUAUGGGACAUAUUCGAUUACUAUCGUGGUUAUUAAUUGGUACUCUGACUAAUAACUGCACAUCUGGAUCACUAUGCCAGUCAGUUCCUCAAGAAGUCUCUUGUUAUAUCGCUGAUCAUGUUCAAGUUGUGCUCAAUGGAUAUCCGGACCAUGCCAAGACUAGUGUGGUUCAUAAUUCUGCGUUGGUUCAUUGUUUCGUAUUAUGUGAAUUAUGGACUAUCUAUUUAGAACACGUUUCAUUUUGCCAUAAACCGAACUCAGAGCCAUAUACGUUGACUCAAAGUAUUCUAUUUGAUUUCUGGGGAAAAGUGACUCCGGCUAUAUUAAAAUUGAUUUCGCACUCGAAAUUCAUGUCAGAAAAAGUCAAUUCGCAUUUUGUGAGUGUCAUCGAAGCCCUAUUGGAAUGUCGUUCACCGUCGUUAAAUAAAUUGCUACCGAUUUGGCGACCUAUUCUUAAUGAAGAUAAUACUCAGAUCCCUGGAAAUUUACUGAUGCGUUUACAACAUUGCCAAAAUAAUCCACCUCCCUCGAGUGUUACCAUCGCACAUACACACGUGUCAAGCUCAGUUUUAUUAAAGUGGUUACAGCGUGUUCAAUUUAGAAUGGGUCUUAUAGAACUACAAGCUUCCCAACCGACCCAGUUUUAUGCAGUCUAGUUGUUGAAUUAACAUAUUCGAAUGUUAGAAGUUAUUAAAAUAUAUUAUGAUGUUAUGGAA